AUGGUGGGAACAACAAACGCUGCCAAUGCGGCCAAAGCAGCCGCUGCAAAGAUGCACCGUCGCUCACGGACAGGUUGCUUCACAUGUCGAUUGAGGCGAAAGAAGUGCGACGAAGCGAAGCCUUCGUGUCGCGCAUGCAAGCACCUUGGACUGCAAUGUGAAUAUAAAAGACCCAUGUGGUGGAGCAGCAGCGAAACAAGGAAGGGCCAGAAAGAGCGCAUCAAGAACAUUAUCAAACGCACAAAGCUUCAAGAAAAGAGCCAACAGGGCAUUGCGAUGAGCGCAACAACGCCACCCGGGCUAUGCCACUCUCUACCGACUUCCGAUACUUAUUCGGACGGGAUCGGAUGCACCCGUGCACCGUCGGUCGACUCCCAGAAUUCGUUGGAUUACAACUUCAACGCCGUCUCUACUCCUGGACUGUAUGAUUCGAUGUCGAUGCCGCCGCCCAUGUUCGCUCCCUCGUUCCACCAUGCUGGACAGUUUGCCCCCUACGAGGUUGAUAUCAAGACGGAAAGCCAGCUGUUCAUUGACGACAUCCCGACGCGAAGAGAUUCCACCAUUUCAACAUUCAGCACAUACCAAACACCCCCCGUUACCGGUCAAUCGUUUCCAACAGAUAACUGGAUACAACAAGAUUAUUUCGAAAGUCGCCGAGAGUCGUUUGCAGAGGAGCCUCUAGAUUUCCAAGUUUUCGAUUUCCCUCACCAGUCCUUCAGCCCGUCGCAUCAAGCUGUCAUCCCCGUGGAUGAAUGCGACCAGUACCUGCUCAAUCACUUCAUCGAAAACGUUGUACGGCUAGUUUUCCCAAUCCUCGAAGUGAAUCAACACGGUUCGGCACGUUCAGAUAUCAUACUUCCUGCAUUGGCGACCAACAAGACCUAUCUUCAUAGCUGCUUGAGCGUUGCUGCCGAGCACCUCAAGGCUACCGAGCGCAUCCAGGGUGAACAAAUCGAUCGGGACAUUAUGAAUCAUCGCUAUGAGGCGAUCAAGGAGCUCUGUGAAGCUUUCCAGCGCGACACAGACCACGCACAGACCCUUGAGGCUACGCUAGGCAUGAUCCUCUUUCAGUGCUCGGUCGGUCGCGCAGACGAUAGUCCCUCGGCGGAGGCCGUGGGCGAUGCCAUUGAUGUCAAAUGGCACUCACAUUUCCUAGCCACCACUCAACUUGCGCAGAGACUUGAGCUCCCAGCUCAGCUUGUCGCUUUGAACGGCCAGCCACACGCACAGCCGCCUUUCAACAUGACCCUCACAUCCUGGAUCGACGUCCUCGGUGCGACUAUGCUCGGCCGAACUCCAGUGUUUGCGGACACGUACCGAGAAAAGUUGAUCGCAGAUUCACCAUCUGGUCUCGCAGAACUCAUGGGAUGCGAUGACAGGAUCAUGUACCUGAUCUCCGAGAUUGCAUGCCUCGAGGCGUUGAAGAUGGACCACAUGGAUGAGGUGCAGCUUUGCGCUCACAUCAAGCACGUUGGUGACCAGAUUAGCCUCUCGGAGCCGCCGCCAGGGACUGUGAGGAAUCCUUAUUCUUCGACUGGUGCCAUACGACCAAAGCAGCUCAGUACGAACCUGACGGCUGUAUUCCGUUUGGCUGCCCGCAUCUACCUCUGCAGCUUGGUGCCGAACUUCGAUCGCACUCAAGGAAGCGUAAUAGCGAACAUGGUGAAUGCUUUAAGUGAUACCAUGGAGUACAUUCCAGCGGGUCCUGAUGGAUUCGAUACUUCCCUGGUGUGGCCACUCCUGAUUGCCGGCUCUGUGUCGCUACCCAAUUCGCCUUUCCGCACAAUGUUUUUUGAACGAGCCAACCGAUUGGGCGAGGCCUCGGACUUUGGUUCGUUUGGCAGGAUGAAAGAGUUGCUCAAGGAAGUAUGGCGCGUCAACGACGACGCCCUUGCGAACGGCGACAAACAGUGUGUUCACUGGCGGGACACGAUGCGACAAAAGGGCUGGGAUUUCCUGUUGAUCUAG